AUGACUGCAAAUACACGGUCUAUAAACAUCAAGGGCGUUGUUUCUAGGAAAACAAGAAGUGAAAGCAAAUUUUUUGCAAGUACUCCAAGUUCUGAGGAUAAUUCUUCGACUGAAGAUACGACAACUUUAUUAACAACGCAAAUAAAAAAACCCUCCCGAGAUAAAAAUGUUAUUGACGAUUUGUUUACUAAUGAAGAAUUAUCUAGUCACACAAAAGGAUUUCCACAAACUCCAGGAUCCUUGGAUACGUUUGCAUCAAAUAAUGGAGCUCUUGUGUUUAAGGAUGAUAAUCAACAUUCGAUCGAAGCUGCCAUGGGAUCCUCGAUUCCUUUCCAAGUAGCAUCCCAUUAUACUCGUGACUACGAGAGUAUUCUAGAGAGUAAACGACGUCAAGGUCGUUUGUUAUUAGUUUCGCUACUGGAAAACUUUUGUUUAUUAUAUGAUACGAAUCCUGAAAGAAAUCACAAGACGUUCUACAUCAUAUGUAAGACUUUAAGUGCUAUGGGAAUCAUUGAGGAGGAGUAUAUUGACGAAAUGUCUACCGUUCGAUCGUCGUAUCAACGCACAUUCAAAGCUUUACUCGUUCAAGCGUUGAAUUCCAUAAAGCAAGAACAACUAAUGAAAGAAUCUCAUAUGAUUAUGGAUUCGAACCAUGAAGAAGGAAUAACAAAUGCCAACAAGCAUUCUGUUACUGACUUUCAUGAAAUUCAUAGAUUUCAUGAAAAUCACUCUAAACAUGACCCAAAUUCUCAAAUGUUUAAGAAUAUUUCGUUCCAAGAUAUUCUUGAUCUCGAGAAUAGUAGAUAUAGCAACGAUUUCUUUGAAUUGAAGUUAUUAGGUAAAGGAGGAUUUGCGAGUGUUUGGCAGGCUAGAAAUAAACUAGAUGGGAUAAAAUACGCGAUAAAAAAGGUCAGAUUGCGUGGCGAUAGAAUUCCAGAAGAAAAGGAAAAGAUUUUUCGUGAGAUUAAAUUCCUUGCUAGAUUAGAACAUAAAAAUGUCGUUCGAUAUUAUGGUUCAUGGCUUGAGCAUAUCAAUAGCAAACAGCGAACUGUAGAGACUGAGUUAUCUUCAUUACAUUCAUGGGAGCAUACUUCAAAAUCAAAAGAUUCCAAUAAAUCAUCAACGAGCGGUAGUAGUAAGAUAAUUGAAGACGGUUCACAAGAUGAUUCGGACAUCUUUAGAAUGUCAUUUUCGGAUGAUGAACAGAAAUCAGAGGAUUUCAGUGGAAUUGAUUUCGUAAGAGAGGACCUCUCUGCAGUAGGAGGAUUUAACUCUUCGAAUUCUGUUCAUGAAUAUUCUUCAAGUCUCGAUCAUUCUCAUGGAGAAAACUUUAUCGCAGUAUGCCAAGAUCUGGGUGAUAAUACGCAGAUGGACAAUAAUCGAGACUGGAUGCUCUUUAUCCAAAUGCAAUUAUGUCAUAGCAGUUUACGUGAUUAUUUAAAACGUAGAGAUUCUAACCUCUUGACCACUAAGAAGGAUCCAUUAAAUGCGAUUGAUCGUCAUGCUAGUAUUGAAUUGUUUCGUGGUAUCGUUCACGGCGUUGCUUAUAUUCACUCUCAAGGAUUAAUCCACCGUGAUUUAAAACCGGGAAAUAUUUUCAUGGGCAUCGUUCUCGACAAUGGAUCUGAUCAGAAUAGCUGGAUUGCCGCAGAUAGUUCAUCAUUCUCCGUUGAGCGUUUAGUUCCUAAAAUUGGUGAUUUUGGAUUAGUAACUGCAGUGGAUAACGGUUCUCCUAUUGAUGAUGUCAUACUUUCUAAUAUGUUAAAGUUUAGGGAUGGAGAUAGGAGUCCUGAUAACAUACAACAUGGUUCUGCCUCAUCUUCUUACAAUUAUAAAUCCAGAAGAACCACCGGAGUUGGUACGAUUACGUACGCAUCACCAGAACAAUUGGCAAAACCCGCUUCUUCUUAUAAUGAAAAGGUGGACAUUUAUUCUCUAGGCAUCAUAUUCUUUGAACUACAUUACCCGUUUUCAACUCGACACGAACGUAUUCAAGUUUUAAAAAAUUUGAGGAAUGGAAUCUUGCCAAAAGGAUUUGUUGAAAAGUUUCCUAAAGAAGCCGCAUUCAUUUUAUGGAUGAUGGCUGAAGAUCCGGAUAAAAGGCCUAACGCGAAGCAAAUUUUAGAUUUUGAGUUAUUGGCGGGACCUAUUGAUGGUGAACAUGCAGAAAUGCAACAUAGACUUGUGCAAAGCACACAAAGAUUGGAUGUGAUAACAAAAGAAAAUGAAAUAUUAAAGAAAAAGGUUGCAGAGUUAGAAGAAAAAUUAGAAAAGUGCAAAUGUGGAGUACCAUAUUUUUGA